AAUCUUGUGCGCGAUGCUUGCUCAAAAUUCAGGCUGAGGAAGAAAGACCCCCGAGACAUCGAACUGAUUUCAGUGGCAGACUUUGUCUUCUGUCGUGAAUGCAGAAUCAAAGUUUAUAGUUUACCUAUCUACCGAGCAUGGGUUCGUUUCUGGAUAAACCCAAGACCGAGAAAGAGACGAACAAAGGAGAGGGAAAGGACCUUCGGUAUGGAGUUGCUGGUAUGCAAGGCUGGAGAGGCACUAUGGAAGAUGCAUAUGCUGCAGAACCAGAAAUCAAAAACUUUCCAGGAUGGGCAUUCUUUGGUGUGUUUGACGGUCAUGCUGGAGCUAAAGUAGCGGACUAUGUUUCCAAACAUCUGCUUGAUGAAAUUCUAAAAACAGAUGAGUUCUCGAAGCCUGAUGCUGACGCUGACACGUACGCUGCCGGCAUUCGGCAGGGAUUUCUAAAUCUUGACGAAAGUAUAAAGCAGCAGCCUUUCGUAAGUGAAGAUUUCGAUCCUAGUGGCUCAACAGUAAUAGUUGCAAUGGUUUCUCCUACUCAUGUAUACUUCGCCAACUGUGGAGACUCUCGUGGCAUGCUGUGUAAAAAGGGAGAUGUGGCUUUCGCCACUGAGGACCAUAAACCUAGUUGUGCUGGUGAACAAGCUCGUGUGCAGGCGGCUGGUGGUAAUGUCCUCUGCUCCCGAAUUAAUGGAUCCCUGGCUGUAUCGAGAGCGCUUGGAGACUUCGCAUUCAAGAGGAGAACAGAUAAGCCGGCGAUAGAACAAAUGGUUUCACCAGAACCAGAGGUUACAACACUGGAGCGUACUGGAGAUGACGAGUUCAUCUUGCUUGCUUGUGAUGGUGUUUGGGAUGUUAUGGCGAAUGAGGAUGCAGCGCAGUAUAUCACAGAGAGACUGCGGGUAAACGCUGACCUGGUGGAUGCGAUCAGUCAGUUGGUUGACUAUUCAUUACACAAGGAGAGCAAGGACAACAUGACUGCUGUUCUAGUUGCAUUUCCAGCUGCACCGAAAGUCGACAAUGAGGAAGUAGAGAAGGCUAAAGUUCGUGAUGCCGAGGUAGAGGCUGCCCUUGAAGCUAAAAUCAGAGAAAUGGUCCGCACAAGUGACAUGCUUGAUGACCUUGAUGAGCUUUCCGUAAUCAACGAUCUGGGCCGAGUACUUCCCGAUGAGUACUUUACAGUUUCACGGCGAGAAUUUAUCUGCAAGGUGUUAGAGAAGACACUCGCAGACCAAGAUGAGGGCAAGUUGGAGGCAAAAAAGCCCGAGGCUGAUACUCAAGCUCCUACUGCUGCUUCAGUUGAAGACGAUGCAGCACCCAAAACAAGUGACGACUCCGAAAACUGAAUGGAGUGAAGUGGCUGGCCCUCUCACAAUUUCCGAGUGAGUCGUACUCUACCCUGUACAAUGUAUGCUUUGUCUGGAUUGUGUAUUUGCUAACUUACCAAGAAAUAGCUACAUAUACCUUUGUAUGCAUGAAGAAACAC